AAUCGAGGACGCCCUGAAAAUGGAGGUAUUUUGAAAGCUUUCAAAAACCUCCAACACCAUACAAAAUCGUUUUUGCCUUCCCUCUUUCUUCAAUUCCAGACACAUUCAUGCCUCCAAAAAUGGUGCAUCUCAAGUCCAAUGAUUAUUGGGCUUUCCUGGAAGAAAUUGAAGCACCCAUGUGGGUUGAUCUCUCUUUAGAAGGGAAGCCCUACAAUCAGAACAUUGAUGAUAAAUGGUUCUAUACACACCAUCAGUAAGCACCCAUGGCCCACCAAAGUUCGUCUCAUGACCUGAAAUUAGCAUUUUCUCAGCUUUAUGAUGAGGGAAAGACUUUGGAUUCUGAAUUAAUAAAAGCGUCUUCUUCUCCAACCCUUCCUGACUCUGUCUCAAGAUCAAGAGGGAAAGACUUUGACGGUAGGAAGUGCAAAGGCAACUGUCAAGGUUUUGCAAUGAAUAAGCAAAUUGUAGGUGAGAAGCUAAUCUCAGGAUCAACCACUAAAUUGAACUCUAAAUCAAGCUUUACAAACUCAAAAGGAAUCUCGAGUUCAAAGUCAAGUUUGGUUCCUUAUGCAAGUGGUUUUAUUGAAAACGUAAUUCCAAAUGUUUCAGUUAUUGGUUCGAGUUCAGAGGGAAAGGAGUCAGUUGACAGCAGAACGAGCAGCACAAUCAUAUCUGGUAUCGGCCACCAACAAAAACAUAAGCCAAUGGAGGUAAUAAGCCAACCAUUGAGCAGUUCUAGUAAACUUUUGUCUGAUAUGAGGAGAAGUCUUAGGAAAAGCCAUGCCACCAGACAAGCAUCUAGAUUGGAAGUUAGUAACUGUCGAAGACAAUCAAGUGGCCAUAACUCUAGCAUAUCCUCCUCUCUAAAUCCUAGUUUUGGUUCUAAAAACAUCACCAAAACAUCAGAACAUCACUUGAAAAAAAAUAGUCAAUGCGUUGGAGGCUUUUCCAGGAUGACUCAAGCAUCAAUAAACAAGUCCAAAGUUUCAAGUGUUCUGUCAAGCACGUUAAAGAUCCAACUGGAGGAUGUGAGUUCUAACUCAAGGAGGGUUGGUAAACUAAAUAAUGCUAAUCCUGAGGCUGCAAAACCAAAGAUACUUCGUCCUAAAGCUUCUUUACUACUGCAAAGAAACGAUCAAAACAGUUGCUUAAAUCUGAAGAAAAAGGAAGGUCUAGAAAGAACAGGAAGAUGCAAAACAGUAGAAACCGGAAAGGAGAAUGCAAUGGGAAGAAUUGCUUUGAGUCAGAAAUGCAAAGGUAGAGUCAUUCCUUCAACUUUUAGUAUGGUCAAGGAUCAGAAAAAGGCACAACAUAAGGUUCCACUAAGACUCGGCAGACGAAGUGUGUUUAGCUUGAAGCAACAGGCUAAAAUAUGUCAUCCAAGUGAAGGAAAGAUUCUGGAAAAUGGAAGCAAAAGGGUGUACUUCCGUUAAGUGAUCUGAUGAAGUCUGUACGUAUAUUGUGUAACUUCUCUCUACACAUACAAAAGGUAUUUAUGUUCUUUGUGCAGAGACGUUAUAUUUUUUUUCUACUUUACCAGACACCAAAAGGAAGAUCAAUAAUAGAGGGAUAUGAACAAAUAUAGCAAAA